AUGGGAGGAAUGAGACCUCCCAAUAAUAUGGCGCCUUACCAAAGGCCACUGGGAUACAAUAAUCAAAAUCAGCAGCAGGGGUAUCAUCCUCCUCAGCAACAGCGUGGUGGACGAGACUUAGACGUGGAGCAAGAGAGGGAUCGAGAAAGCAGACAGGCUGAGACACUUAUACCAGUGCCUAUUGAGCUAGAUGAGUCAACGAAACUGACAGAGGUGACAGUCCAGCCUGCCCAAGAAGAACAGAACAUUCAGAUUGAGGCUGAGAAUGAAGCUGAGACAGCCCAGGAACAGGGGUUAUUAAUUAAAGUUCCUAACAGGAUUUAUCAAUGCUAUAUUAGUUUGUGUGCAGGAGCUGAGUUUUUGUUUCAACUAGUGCAAGGAGCCAUUCCACAAGCUUAUGAUGAAACUAAUUCUUCUAUCUCUGCCACAGCUAUUGCUGUGCAUAUUCUUAAUUAUUUAUUUAAGAAGCUGACUGAAGUUUGUCUUGUGCAAGGAGGCGAGGAGGAUGCUUACAGGAUGAUAUUACAUGCAUUUGUUAGCAGUCUUUUGCCAUACAUUGAGGGCCUUGAUUCAUGGCUUUAUGAAGGAAUUCUUGACGACCCCUUUGAGGAGAUGUUCUUUUGUGCUAACAAAGGAAUUGCAGUUGAUGAGUCUGAGUUUUGGGAGAAGAGCUAUCUGCUGAGAUCUGCAAAACUGGAUACUGGUUGUCAAGCUGAUUCUUUGCUUUCAAUAAAGCGGACAAACGAUAUGGGUAGAAGAGAACCUAAUGAUGUGCCUGGUUUGGCCAAUGAGAAAGAGGCAAAAGAGAGAGGUUUGGAUGUAUGUCCGCUGUUUAUCAAAGAGAUAGCCAGGGAUAUUAUCUCUGCUGGAAAGUCAUUGCAGCUUGUUCAACAUACUACGAUGAGAUCCUCAGUAUCUGCCAGUUCUAUUCAAACUGGCGGGCGUAUUGCUGGGUUAAGCUUGUCAGAGAUCUUUUGUGUCACUUUAUCGGCUCUUAUUAGCUAUGGGGAUCACAUAUCUGAUUACUUUUUCCAGGAGAAGAAAAUUGUAUCAUUAGUUAAAUCAAUUAUUGGAAGGCAAAAAGUAGAAAGAAGUAAUGAGAGCUUCCAAGAGAUGGCAUGCUCAGAUAAAGAAUGGUGUAAGUUCUUGGUUGAUACAGUGGCUCAGAAAGGAAGAGCUGAUCUCCAUUCAUGUCAUGCUCUUGUAGAGGAAGUGGAUAGCUUUGUUGUGAAAGGAGAUAAGCUACCUUUAGAUGGAAAUGAUAGUCUAUCUUUAGGAUUCCGUCCUGAAAAUCCAGCUAUAACUACUAGCCAAAAUUUUCUUCAUGCAAAUAGGGAUGCUUGGGGUGCAUUGAAUUUAUCUAGAGAGUUUUACCUCCCCCCUCUUAAUGAUGAGGGAUUAAGGCAGGCAAUAUUCAUUGGAAGUGGUGGAUCAUGCGUGGCAACCAAAAAUACAAACUAUACCUUUGGUUUUCAGUUUGGUGAAUCUGUACGUGAUCGAUUAGAGGAAGAUGUCAAUUUUCUGGAGGAGCUGCUCCCAUUUCCAACUCUUCUUCCUCCUUUUCAGGAGGAUCAUCACGUAUCGGAGGUGUUUCCUUUCCAGGAAAAUAGUACACUCCCUUCAAGGACCUUAAACUGGAUUGGAAGGGUUGAACCAAGGAAUACUCCGUUGCCUACGGUUAUUCUUCAAGAAUGCCUUAUUUUCUUCAUUAAAAAACAGGCUGAUUGUAUUGGCAGGAAUAUUCUGUCAAAAUUACUAUGUGAGUGGAGACUGCUAGAAGAGCUGGAAGUUUUGCGUGCUAUAUACUUGUUAGGCUCAGGUGAUUUGCUGCAGCACUUGUUGACAGUGGUCUUCAAUAAAUUAGACAAAGGAGAGAGCUUGGAUGAUGAUUUUGAAUUAAACACAACACUGCAGGAAUCAAUCCGAUACUCUGCUGAUGCCACGCUAUUAAGCUCGCCCGAUUCAUUAAUCGUGUCUGUAACAAGAAAUAAUGCCACUAGUGAUGAUGACCAGCAUGGUAUGCCUGUUCCAACUUCGACACCUCGAAAGAGUCGAGGGCAGAACUUUGGCAUUGAUGGCCUGGAUACACUCAUGUUUACAUACAAGGUUCCUUGGCCCCUUGAACUAAUUGCAAAUACAGAAGCAAUAAAGAAGUAUAAUCAGGUUAUGAGGUUCUUACUGAAGGUCAGACGUGCAAAAUUUGUUCUUGAUAAAGCUCGGAGGUGGAUGUGGAAGGACAAAAGCUCCACAUCUAUUAACCGCAAGCAUCAUUGGUUACUGGAACAAAAACUGCUACAUUUUGUGGAUGCUUUCCACCAAUAUGUGAUGGACAGGGUGUAUCACAGUGCAUGGGGUGAACUCUGUGACGGUAUGGCUGCAGCGAGAUCAUUGGAUGAAGUCAUAGAAAUACACGAGGCUUACUUGCUGGCUAUUCAAAGGCAGUGCUUCGCUGUUCCAGAAAAACUGUGGGCACUGAUUGCUAGCCGUAUCAACAGUAUUCUUGGAUUAGCUCUGGAUUUCUAUUCAGUACAGCAGACUCUUAGCAGUGGAGGGGCAAUUUCAGCUAUCAAGGCAAGGUGUGAAAUGGAAAUCAAUAGGAUAGAGAAACAGUUUGAUGACUGCAUAGCUUUCCUCCUGAGGAUCCUCUCUUUCAAGCUCAAUGUGGGCCAGUUUCCUCAUUUGGAAGAUCUAGUUACCAGAAUCAAUUACAACCAUUUCUAUAUGUCACAUAAUGGAAGUUUGAUAAAUGCACCGAGCUCUAAUGCAGUCCCUUCCAAAUCAGGAAAGUUCUUUUCAGGUCAAAGAGAUUGAAUGAAGGCUUUAAGGAUUAUUAUUUCUGUUUUUAUUUUUCUUUGUACAGCAUUUAUAUAGUAGAUUGUCUCCUUGUACUGGUGGUUUGCUACCAUGGGAUGUGGUGGAUGGGGAAUUCUCCAACAGCUCUACCCAUUGAGAGAAUGUUCUACUGGUUCCACUGAAGACCCUGCAGUACUCUAGUUUAUAUUUCGUUAUCUCAAAUGCCAUCAAUCGAUUGACGGCUAGCUGUUGAGAUUGCUGUUUUGUCCAACAUCUAUUUUUGUUUUGUACAAGAUGUAGAGCUUGUUCUCAUAUUUUUUCUGUAAGCUACCUUUUUUUGUAUUGUUAUUUGAGGGGGCGCUUACUGACGAAAGAAAUGUUUCUAUUUAAUUUGCUGCAGUUUUCUUCAGUGUCAGGAUGUACUAGUAAUGAAUGGAUUAUCAAGUGUAUUGUUGACUAUUAAAGUAUAUUUUGUUGGUCAAUGAGUAUUCUAAUAAUCUGAA